CCCCCUCCCCCCAUUUAAGGCCGUUCCUGGUGUCCCCGAUGUCACCGGUGUCCCCAAGGUCAAUGUCACCGGUGUCCCCGUUGUCACCAGUGUCAAUGUCACCGGUGUCACCCGCCAUGGCCCUCGGGCUCCUGCUGCUCUGCCUGAGCCUCCCAGGCGCCUUUGGCCGCUGCGCCCCGGGAUCGGGCCCCGUUCCCCUCCCCCUCCCAGCCGCGGUGGAUCCCGGGAAGGAUCCCAGUGGAUUCCUGAGCCCCCAGGUCCCCUUCAUGUCACCAGGAUCCGCCGGGGGGGCCCGGGGAUCCCCUGGGAAUGGGGGAUCCAGUGGGGGGUCCCCUGGGAAUAAGGGAUCCCCGGGAUCCUUCGUGUCGCCGGGAUCCCCUGGUGGAUCCCCGGGGGGUUACGGGAGCCGCCCGGGAUCUUAUGGGAACGGAUCGGGAUCCUUCGUGUCGCCGGGAUCCGGGGGGGCCCCGGGGAUCCGGUCACAUGAUGGGGGGAUCCAGGGGGGAGCGGGAUCGCAUGGCGGGGGAUCUGGGGGUUAUGGGGGGUUGGGAUCCUAUGGGGGGGGAUCUGGAUCUCAUGGUGGAUCGGGAUCUUAUGGGGGGUCAGGAUCUUCUGGAAGACCCGGAUCUGGAUCCGCCGGGGGGUCGGGAUCCCAUGGUGGGGGAUCUGGGGCUUAUGCAGGGUCGGGAUCCUAUGGGGGUGGAUCUGGAUCUUCAGGGGGAUCAGGAUCUUCUGGAAGCCCCGGAUCUGGAUCCGGAUCCCAUGGGGGGUCGGGAUCCUCUGGAAGACCUGGAUCUGGAUCUUCGGGGGGGUCAGGAUCCCAUGGGGGUGGAUCUGGGUCUUCUGGAAGACCUGGAUCCCAGGGGAGUGGAUCUGGGUCCUAUGGGGGGUCGGGAUCAUCUGGAAGACCCGGAUCUGGCACUGGAUCCUAUGGGGGAUCAGGGUCCUAUGGGGGUGGAUCCGGGUCCUAUGGGGGGUCGGGAUCAUCUGGAAGACCCGGAUCGGGCACUGGAUCCUAUGGGGGAUCAGGGUCCUAUGGGGGUGGAUCCGGGUCCUAUGGGGGGUCGGGAUCAUCUGGAAGACCCGGAUCUGGAUCCGGAUCCUAUGGGGGAUCAGGGUCCUAUGGGGGCGGAUCCGGGUCCUAUGGGGGGUCGGGAUCAUCUGGAAGACCCGGAUCUGGGUCUGGAUCCUAUGGGGGAUCAGGGUCCUAUGGGGGGUCGGGAUCAUCUGGAAGACCCGGAUCUGGAAUCGGAUCCUAUGGGGGCGGAUCCGGGUCCUAUGGGGGGUCAGGAUCAUCUGGAAGCCCUGGAUCUGGAUCUGGAUCCCACGGGGGGUCCCUGGGGUCUCCCCUGCGCCCCAAGUUCAAGGUCCCUGGGAUCCCGUUUGUCCCCGGGCUCCGGGAUCCCGCCCGGAUCGGGGGCCACAUCCCCAUGGGAUCCAGUUCCGGGUCCUCCGGAGGAUCCGGGGGAGGAGCUCGGGGGCUGUUCGACCAAUCAACAGCCAGCACCGGGGACUGCGACCAAUAGGGACACCUGGGUCCCUUUUUCUGGGAGGGUUUUGUAGGGCCCGGAAGCCUGGGUCCCAUUUUGGGGUGCCCGGAUGCCUGGGUCCCUCCGGGGUGUUGGGGGCACCUGAACGCCUGGGUCCCUGUGGGGUGGGGGGUUGGGGGGAGCACCCGGAUGCCUGGGUCUCUCUGGGGGGGGGGAUGCACCCGGACACCUGGGUCCCUUUUGGGUGCCAAUAAAGUUGUUGGAUCGUGCUGGUGAC